GCCACAUAUUCCCAGAGAACGUGGCAUCUUCGCAUCGAUUCAAAGAAUCUCUCUCUUUCUUUUAUAAACACAUGCCGUAGUUAUUUAUGUAAAAAAAAAAACAUUUCUUUCUAGGCAUUUCCGAACCGCCAAAAAGUACUGCUGGUUUUCUCAGCCUUGAAAAUUCGUUUAUAAUUUGUUAUAUGAACAAUAUAUAACAAAUAUAAUUGAAGCAGCUGAAGAAUCUUCUUCUGGGUCAUCGUUCUCAGCUGCUGCUACUUCAAUUGCAGGUUAAUCAAAGGAUGAGUGAAGGUCUUCGAAGUGGUGAGGAAAUGAAAGCUUCCUCUGAAGCAAUGGAGAAUUCUCCAACACAUUCAUCGAAGGAAGGGAAAAGGAAGAGAUUUUGGAAGAAGGUGAAGUACCAGCUGGUUGAGUACCACUCAUUGCCUGCGUAUUUGAAGGACAAUGAGUUCAUUGUGGGCCAUUACCGGCCUGAAUGGCCAUUGAAGCAGAUCUUGCGUAGCAUGUUCACCAUUCACAAUGAGACGCUAAACGUUUGGACGCAUUUGAUUGGAUUCUUCUUCUUCCUUUCCCUGACCAUAUACACUGCGAAGAAGGUUCCAAGUGUUGAUCUUCACUCUCUACAACAUUUUCCUGAUGUUCUGAAAAAGGCUGACCUACACAAACUGCGUGCUGAACUUAUGACAUGCCUCCCUUCCUUGCCCAACAUGCCUGAUCUGCACAAACUUAGGGAGGAGUUAAAGACCACAUUGCCUUCAAUGGAUAUUCUUCCAUCACUCUUGGGUUGGCAUGUUAUGGAACUUCUAAAUAAUUGUUUGCCUAAGCGAUUUUCCAGUGGCAACUACACAGAUGUAUGUGUUUUGCGUAGCAUGAAGGAAGAUGUGGCAAACAUUAUAGCACCCGUUCUGGUUAGACCAAUCACGCGGUGGCCAUUUUUUGCAUUCUUAGGUGGGGCCAUGUUUUGCUUGCUAUCUAGCAGCACUUGCCACCUCCUUUCUUGCCACUCUGAGCGCCUAUCAUACAUCCUGCUCAGGCUUGAUUAUGUUGGAAUUGCUGUCCUUAUAUCUACCUCCUUCUUUCCUCCUGUCUACUACUCCUUCAUGUGCAGCCCCUUCUUCUGUAACUUGGGAAUUACCACAGUUUUGUUUUCUCUCCUGCCAGUCUUUCAAACCCCUCAGUUCCGCACCAUUCGUGCAUGUCUCUUUUGUGGCAUGGGUUUCUCUGGGGUAGCACCAAUCCUGCACAAGCUUAUCUUGUUCUGGGGCCAACCUGAGGUUCUCCACACAACUGGAUAUGAGCUGCUGAUGGGGGCUUUCUAUGGUCUUGGAGCAGUGGUUUAUGCCACAAGGAUUCCUGAACGAUGGAUGCCUGGGAAAUUUGACAUUGCAGGGCACAGCCACCAACUAUUUCAUGUGCUAGUAGUUGCUGGAGCCUACACUCAUUAUCGGGCAGGGUUAGUUUAUCUCCGAUGGCGUGAUCUUCAAGGUUGUUCAUAUUGAAUCCCAAGAAGAUGGACUAGUUAGCCUAGUUGGUGAGGUCUACAAUUGUUGUUACUUUAUGGAUAGUUACAUAGGUGUAGAUAAUAAUAUGGCAGUGGAGUAAGGUUCUCUCCUACCAUCCACUUAAUGUAAAUUUAUGCAUUGAACCCUGUGUGGGAUUUGAUAACUCAUUUUCAGCAGGAUAGGAAAAAUGGAAUUGGGUGAUGCCCACCUAUUGAAGUUGGGUCUGUAAUCUGUAUUUUUACCAAUGGUAUCUGAAUUCAAAAAUAAUGAAUAAGUUUCUAAUGGAUGUUAUUGAGCAAA